UAUUCAUUUCUUUCCCGCCAAAACGCACAUCCCUCUUUCUCUCUCUCCGGAAAGCAAGCUGCUAGGUUUGUACAGUACAGCAAGAAGACAGCCCCAAAUCUCAACUCUCUCUCUCUCUCAACUCUCUCUCUCUCUCUCUCACUCUCUCUCGAUGGACGACAUGGACAUGGAUAUACCCGAUCCAGACGAGCUCCAGUGGUUAGAAGCCAACUCCAAUCUCCACGACGACUUGGACUUCGACGAUGAUUUCCAGCCCCCAUUCCCCGACGACGACGACCACACACCCACCCACACUCCCCCAAUCCCCCAAUCCCAACCUCCCACACGAACCGACUCCAACAAACGCCCCCAAUCACCACCCCCAAUUCCCACCAUCCCCGAUAAUUUCGCUUCCGAAGAAGCUUCUAGAAAGCGUAGUAGAAUCGAGCCUCAAGUCGUUGUUGAUGAAAUUCCCGCCAAUACUAGCGCUAAUCCUGCUGCUGCUGUUGCUGUCGAUGAUGAUGAGGAUUGGCUUCCGCCUCCUGUACACCAAGUCCCACAGCCAAUUGAGGAGGAUGAGGUGCCCGAGGAAACGAUUGUGUCCAGAUAUGCCUCGCGGAUUGAUGGCGAUUUUGUUCCCGUCACUGGCCCGUGCGGGGACCGCGUUUAUGCUAAGAUAAGUAGGUUUGGAUUCGAUGAUUCCACCAAGAAGAAUAAGCUUCAUUCCAAUGAAUACUCUAAUGGUCUUAUUGCUGAACCUGUCAGUUUGCUAAUGCAAAGAGUUGAGCAGGAUGCUGUUCAGAAGGCUUUGCUGGAAAGUUUUGGACCUGAAGGUGACGUAAUCCUUCCCAAGGUUCCAGUGAUAAAUGAGAAGCUUUGGGUGGACAAAUAUUCUCCUAAUUCUUUUAUGGAGCUUCUAAGUGAUGAGCAGACAAACCGUGAGGUACUUUUGUGGUUGAAACAAUGGGACUCCUGUGUAUUUGGAUCUGAAAUUAAAACUACAACAGAGGAUGUUUUGUCUUCAUUGAGAAGACAUACAUCAGUGGCACAGCAUCAGAAGGCUAACAAGAGUUAUAUAGGAAAGAAUAAAGAAACUUGGCAGAAUAAGGAAAAUUUUAGAGAGUAUAAAAUGUUGGAUCAGGAAAACAAUGACUCGAAAGGAACUCAGGAUUUAGGGAAUCGAAAUCGCAAAGGUUAUGCAACACCAGAGCAGAAGAUCCUUCUGCUUUGUGGCCCACCAGGGCUUGGGAAAACAACACUUGCACAUGUAGCUGCUAGACACUGUGGAUAUCGGGUGGUAGAGAUUAAUGCCAGCGAUGAUCGAUCGUCAUCAACCAUUGAAGCCAAAAUACUUGAUGUCGUCCAAAUGAACUCAAUCAUGGCUGACUCAAAGCCGAAGUGUUUGGUAAUUGAUGAGAUUGAUGGAGCUCUUGGUGAUGGGAAGGGGGCUGUUGAUGUCAUUUUGAAAAUGGUUUCGGCUGAUAAAAAAUUUAAUACUGGAAAAGAACAAACUCAUGAGGAUCAGUCUGGAAAAGGAUCCUCAAAAAAGAAAAGUAGGGAUACAUCACUGCUAAGACCGGUGAUUUGUAUUUGUAAUGACCUAUAUGCUCCAGCCUUGAAGUCAUUGCGUCAGGUGGCAAAGGUUCAUGUAUUUGUUCAGCCUACAGUUAGUCGCAUUGUUAACCGGCUCAAAUAUAUAUGCAGCAAGGAAGGAAUGAAAGCAAGUUCUAUUGCACUUACUGCACUAGCAGAGUAUACUGAAUGUGACAUACGCUCAUGCUUGAACACUCUUCAGUUCCUCAAUAGGAAAAAGGAAACUCUUAAUAUGAUUGAAAUCAGCAGUCAAGUAGUUGGCCGGAAAGACACAUCUAAAAGUUUUUUUGAUAUAUGGAAAGAGAUUUUUCAGAAGAAAAGAGUGAAGCAGGAGAGAAAAGCUUCGAGUGGUUGCAAGAACGUGUGGAAUGAAUUCGAAUAUCUUCAUUCUUUAAUAUCUAAUCGAGGUGACUAUGACUUGGUCAUGGAUGGUAUUCAUGAAAACAUCUUGAAGCUUCAUUAUCAUGACCCUAUGAUGAAAAAGACUGUCAAGUGCAUGCAGAAUCUUGAGGUUUCUGAUAUUGUUCAUCAGUAUAUCAUGCGUACACAAAAGAUGUCUUUGCAUGUUUAUCAACCUGCUAUUGCCAUUUCUAUACAUGGCGUGAUAGCUCAAGUUGAAAAACCAAAUAUUGAAUGGCCGAAGUCUUUCCAGAGAUUCCGAACCACUUUAAUGGAAAAGGUGGAUUUAUUACAUUUGUGGCACCACAAUAUAACACCAUACAUUUCAAGGCAUCUGACGAUUAAAUCAUUUGUGGAAGACUCAAUUUCUCUGCUUUUGCACAUUCUAUCACCUCCAACCUUAAGGCCGGUGGCGUUACAUUUACUAUCCGAAAAAGAGAAGAAAGAUCUGGUUCAGCUAGUAAAUACAAUGGUUUCAUAUUCUGUAACAUAUAAAAGCAUAAAACCCAAUCUGUUGUCCAGUAACCUGAGGCAUGAAGUUGGUGUAGAUGCUUCAGUGCUUUCAUUUGAUCCACCAUUAGUUGACCUUAUACGCUUUAAGGAUUACACAUCUAGUCAUUUUGUUCUCGCUUUAGCAAUGAAGCAGGUCUUGCUACAUGAGGUAGAAAAGCAAAAAAUUCUACAAGCUGGCAUCAAUAGGUCUGUGCAUCUGACAGAUGUGUGCAAGGAAAACAAAAAUCUGGCAAUGGACAAAAAUGGCAUCAAUAGGUCAACGCAUCUGACUGAUGUGUGCAAGAAAAACCAAACUAUGGAAAUGGACAAAAAUGGCCGAAUACAAUCAUCUAGAUCUCACUCUGUAUCAGUCAAGAAGGCAGUAGAUGUUCUAAACCCAUCAGAGGCUAGGCAGUGUGAAAAGGCUGCCCCUCCUGUCUCUUCAAAUUUGUCAUCUUCUGUAAACAGCUCAGUUGCCAUCAAGUUAAGCUCUACUGUGAGUACAAAGAAGCCUUCGAGGGGUAACUUCAAUUUUUUUGAGAGAUUUAAAAAGGUAAGCAGCGAGGGUUCACAAGCUACUGAUACUGUUCAACGUCGUCCUGCAACAAGUGAGAGAGAUUCUCGCCCUUUCCUCUUCAAGUUCAAUGAGGCGGAAGCCCCCAUUAGAAUCACCCUGAAGGUAGAUGUUGAUGGAAUUUUAUUAUGGGAGAGUGGUAGCCGGGGCAUUGGAAUGAACAUUUGUCUUAGAGCAAGUCUAACAGAGGUGCUAAAAGUGGUACUAUAUGCAGGGCCGGCUCUACACCAAAGCAAAGGUUUCACAAAUGCAGUUAAAAGACCAGUGCGAAUUCGUGAAUUUCUUUCUUGAUCUCCGAAUGUGCUAUUUAUAGUUGUUUUGAGUUGCACCAUACUGUUUUAGUUAUCACGGUCAUGGGUUAGCAAAAGACAUGUAAUAUUAGAAACGCUUCUCACAAUCUAUAUAAUAUAAAAGGUUAUUUGAA